AUGCAUCGACGUAUUCAUUAUUAUUUAACUCCAUUUCGUAAUACACGAUUCUGUUCUCUUCUGCUAUGUUGGCUAUUCGCUUUCGUAUAUUAUCUGAAUCCUCUUGCAUACUUCGCCGCACCACUUCCAUCGCCAAUAACGAGUCGGUUACAUCCAGACUUACCGUUAACAUUUGAUCUUCGCUCGUAUGCUGUCUGUCAUCCCGAAGAAUUCUAUUUAAACAAUAUCACUUCAAUCUAUCAUCAGUCUUUCAAGCACGACGCAUGCUUUUUGAUUGAAGAUCUCGAUGGAGGACCGUGGUGGUCUUAUGUAUCCCAUGAAUUCGCCGAGAUCUUGACCGCCUUGAAACAAAUUGGAACACGAUCGAAUGUAAAAUACCGAACAUUUACACAACCUACUGAUUUUAAGAGCAAAAUUAAUCUUAGUAAAUAUAUUCUAAAUGCAUGUGAUUUCGAUGAACAAUCCUACAAACAAAAUCCCGUCCCGAUCGUUAUUCUCAUCUGGGAUGUUAAUCUAGUUCUAUGGCAUGAAGUUUCCGAGUAUUGGAAACCCGUUUUCGACAACUUCAAAGUUCGUUUGGUAGCGUUUAUUGAUGAUUUGCAUUAUACAGACAAACGUUAUUAUCGCAGCCGACAGUAUUUGUUCGAAUCAUUCGCAUCCGAAAUCUUUUCGACUUAUGCUUAUCUCUUCCAUAAUUAUUACUCGAACAUAUCACAGAAUCGUAUUACUUGGUUACCACACGCAGCAUCUCGGUUAUCCUAUCAUUCUAUAAAUCACACAGCAGCGAAUGUUUUGUUUGUCUCAGGUGCAAACGUGUACGAAUGGUAUCCGUGUCGCGCACGUGCAUUCGCUCUUUGCUUUAACAAACUAAAGCAUCUAGUUCGAUGUUUGAGACAUCCGGGUUAUAGUGUAAACAUGAAGCGUAACAGUGCUUAUCAUUAUGGAGGACAACCGUAUUUUUCCUACAUGCAACAAUAUGUUUUUGGUUUCGGCACAUGUCAGUCAGUUAACUAUGCAAUAGCGAAACUGUUUGAAUUACCAGCAAAUGGUUUAGCACUUGUCACAACGGAUGAUUUAGUUCCAAUCUUGGAACGACUUCAUCUCUAUCAUAAUGAGCAUUUCUUAACAGUAGACUGUACGUCGCUGGAUAUAUUAAAAAAUGAAAUCGAACGUUUGCAAAAUCUCUCGAACGUUAAUGUUGAAAAGAUUAGAAAGCAAGGUCAAAAUGUUAUCUACGAACGACAUAUGACGGAACAUCGAGCGCAAUUGUUACAUGUUCGUUUAUUGGCACAAGCAUUAAUAUUGAUCUCAUCGUCUGAUCAAGAACGACUACGAUGGGAUCGAUGGGGUCGAGAUUGCCGUUAG